AUGGAAGGGUUUGAGGAUUGUGGAAAUUCGAAAUGUAUGCAUUUGAAACCAUUGACUUACGACGAAAUGGAGGAAGUUUUAUUAACUUGGUUUCAGCAAGCACAUCUCAGAGAAUUUGAUGCCAAAAUGGGGAGUGCUGCAAGAAAAGUGCUGCUGUUUGUGGAUAUAUGUGCGGCACAUCCACCAGACGUAUCCUUUCUGAGAAAUGUGAAAGUAAUUUUCCUGCCACCCAACUGCACCAGCCAUCUGAAACCUUUGGACUUGGGAAUAAUACACGCCCUUAAGGUUAAAUAUAGGACAGCCCUUGUAAAAGAGGCCUUGAUUUUGAUGGACCAAAGAAAACCGGGAAGCCAGCCGAGCUCACAACUGAAGCUGAAUAUUUUACAGGCAAUGAAUUUAAUUAUGCACUCGUGGAGGGAAGUCAGUGCUGAAAAUAUUGAAAACUGUUUCACAAAAGCGGGAUUCUGUGAGAAUGAGGUGGCAGCUCCUGUGGAAGAUGUUGCAAGUGAUUUGUAA